UGGACGAGGACGAUAAUGGAAGUGUCAUGUUCAUGUUGUUCCCUAAGUGAUGAUUACUAGGCUAAGUUUAUUCAUAACUUUACACUUACAUACAAUUAAUUAUUAUUCAGAACGAUUCUGGCAGUUUACUUGUCCAUUGGUAGGCCUAGUUCGUGUUUUUAAAACUAAUCAGUCUAUCAGUCAAUGACAAGGACAAGUUGAUUGUUUUUGUUUUGAGCUGGCCAUAGAUUAAUCAAUUCAACUUGUUUCUAUACAUUGAUAGUGCAGUAUGAUGUAGAGAUUGAUGAUACAAAGUCUUUAGUCGUUCGUACAAUUAAUUUUCGUCGUUUUUUCUUUGUUUAACUACAAGUAUUCAACUUAUUUUGAAGCCUCCGUAUAUUUUUCAGGUUAGGUUGCUCAAUCACUUUGUUUUACUCAACAGGUGGCUUUCAAUUAACCUGGUUACAAUUGUACAUGCAUUUUAGGCCCAAACUAUCUUAACAGUGUUUUAAAAUAGCCUAUACAGUUUGUUGUCUCACAACAUGGAAAAAGUGGAAGAACAGACCUCUGACACUCUCCUGAGUAGGAAUGAAAUUCCUAUCAUAGACUUGGCAUAUAUGGGCCCAGUAACAACCCCUAUUAAACCAUGGCUGAAGAAAAUUGCAGAUCAGUUAAACAGAUCAUUGACAAGCAAAGGAUUGGUUUUUCUUGUAAACCAUGGGAUUACGGAAGAAAGGCUUCAAUCAGUAUACAAGAUAAUGGACAAAUUCUGCGACCUUCCAGAUGAUGUAAAAAACAACUAUUGUAUCAAUCCAACAGAAGGAGAAUAUCAAGGAUAUGUCCCUGCCGGCAUGGAAAGAUUCACAAUAGACAGAAGAAGAGAAAUGAGACAUUCCUAUAAUAUUCAAGAUUUCUCAAAGAAAAUACCAACUAAAGAGAUCCCAAUAUUUGAGGACACUGUUGGAGGUGUUGCAGAAGAGUUCCGUAAACUUGCCUCAGUCUUCUUGCAACUUCUUGCAGUUUCUCUUGAUCUGAAUCCUGAUACAUUCCUGAGCUUCCACAGUGGCAUGUUGCGGGAGAAAAACUUAACCACAUUCCGUCUGUUGUAUUACCCUCCACUGGGGGAGGCGCCUCUGCCCUGCGCCACUCGUUGUGGAGAACACACCGACUACGGCAGCUUUACUUUACUGACCCAAGACACUGAGGGAGGACUUGAGGUAUUCUCUGGAGGCAAGUGGUGCAGAGUGGGACAUUUACCUGGAGCUAUUCUUGUAAACCUUGGGAAUUUGCUGCAGACUUGGACGUCCUCACGGUAUAAAGCUCUUAAACACAGAGUGGUGAUUCCCGAUGAGUCUAAACUACGCACCCGAAGCCGCCACAGUGUUGCUCUGUUUAUACAUCCAGAUGACAACGUGGUGAUAGACCCAGCGCUGUUUGUUCGUCAGCAGAUCUCAGAGGACAUAGAGGCCCCUAAGCGACAUAUCGCCCUCAUGACGGCUUACCAGCAUGUGCAACUGCGACUGCGACAAUUGGCAAUUUUUAGCUUUCUGAAACUUGCACAGGAUGGAAACAGAUUAGGUAAAUCCUGGGUUUUGAGAAAAAAUCAUCAAAAGCAAAAGACGGCUGGUGAAGGUUUGGUGCCGCCUGAGGGAGAGGUUCCAGCGCCACUCCCCCCGCCAGGAGCUGCCCACACACCCCUCCCUCCUCCAUCCUGAGGAGACUGAUCAAGACGAGGCUCGCCAGUUGUAACAUGCAUUCCACAAUGUUAAUUAAUUGUGAUAUUUUAAGCAAUAAUAUUUUGAGCACAAUAAGUACUUAUAACAGGGUGUCCAGCCGACCAGGAAUUAGAGGAGUACAAGUCAAUAUUCAUGACUUGACUAGGGAAAGUCUGAAUUUUGUUGUGGGACGUUCAUUUGUGACUGGCAUUUCCUUAGUUAUUGCGUCAAGUUAGAAAUUUGGAUAGGCGAGAAAUUAUCUCAAAUGCCAUUAUUGGUAAAUGCAAAACAUGUUUAGUAAGUUGCCGUGGUCAGAUACAUUUUUACCAAUUUUGACCAAUUAAUAAAGUAGACAGAUACCAAAAACCAAGAUCAAUAUCCUAGAGUUAAAGGGAGAAGGAGAGGGAAGAUUUGAAGGCACAAGUGUCUCUAGAGUUCUCAGUGCAUCUCAUACUAGCACUAAAUUUUAUUUCUAGUAAUUCCUUGUUUUUUUAACAGUUUUGUAUUGUUAUUAUUAUUAUUAUAAUUGAUAUUGUAUUAUUAUUUUGAAUUGCUAGAGCCUAAAUAGACUCUGUUGGACACAAGCUCAAUGAUUGAGGCAAAGCUGAGGUGGAAAUGUGUGAGGUUCGAAAAACACUUUCGUUAUGUGAUCAACUAUAUUUGUCGUACUACACACCUCUUUUAGAAGUUUUUAAACUAACUCGCAAAACAAAAAUAUAUGUAUGUAUAGGCCUACAUAAUGUAGGCCUAAUAAUAUAUAGUUCAUAAACCAUAAACCAUAUACUUAAAAUGUUCGUCAUGGCGAAAAACCUUGCACAAAACUAUCCAUUAUAUCUUAAAUUGUCCUAUAAGGUCGUAAUUGCUUUCCAAAGGAAACUUUCCAUACACCUAAUGUUAAAAAUAUCUCAGCUGUACUUAUUUGUAUGUUAUUCUUUAAAUUUAUUACCCCAAACGGCACACGGAAGAUUUCUCAGGUGCCGUUUGACGUCACUAACUGCUGUCAUCUCUUUGAAGGAACACCAUUACCGCAACGAUACGAUUUAGAGCCAUCGGCCUCGGUGGUGUAGUGGAUAUUGUGUCCGAAGUGGAUAAUCUGUGUGGAUAAUCUGGUGUGUAGUGGAUAAUCUGAAUGUACCGGGUUCGAAUCUCGCUGGUAGCACUAACUUUUUGUCAACAAUUUUUUUCGUAUCAGCAAGUUUGGUUGGUUUGGUUAGGUUAUGACGGUUUAAUUUUAUAACUAAACAAUUAUAAAAUUGAAUUUUAGGCAUUUAAAAUUUUAUUUUAUGAACAAAACUAUUUUUUGGAUUAGUAAACCUUCAUUCGAUUUUUUUAUUAUCAGCACGUUUGGUUAGGUUAUGACAGUUUAAUUUAAUAAUAGAAAAAUUAUAAAAUUGUCUGUUUCUUCAGACGCAGCAGUUAGUGACGUCAAAUGGCACCUGGGAAAUCUUCCGUGUGCCCCACCGUUUAUUACCAUAUUAAAAUCAGGUGUGAUUAUUUGUUUGUAUUACUGUAUUCUGUUUUGUUUAUUUCAGCCAGGGACAUAUUUCCGAAUAGGCGGACUGCGGCAAAUUUUAGGGGCGGCAAAAUUUUGAGGGUAAACAAAUAAAAAAACGAAGUUUUAAUCUAAAAAAAAUUUUAGCAAAUAAUUUUGGGAACGGGAAAAUAGCCAUUUCAAAUAUUUUGAUUAAGUAUACAACUAUUUCAGAACGCAUCCAAGUCAAACAAACGUCAAUAGUUUAUUACACAGCUGUGUAGAGUUGUCCGUGCUGCCCUAUUGGUCUGGCAGACACGCUCGCCGCGGGAGCGGGUCGCCGUGCCGGCCGCUAUGUCUAGUGACAAACGUAGAAAACACUCCCUUCUGUUUACUUCAUACACCACUAAGCAGUGGCAGCACUAUAGCUGAAAGAUUCUUUUGCUAGGUUAAAAUCAAGAAGGAAAGUGUGAACUAAAUACUUACCACUGUACCAAACUUAACUAAUUUAAAAUUGUAUAUUAUUCUUUCAGUAAAAGUACGUAAUUUUUCUUUGCGAUUCAUGUGUUUUUUGUAAGAAAAAAAUAGUUUAAGAAAACAUAUUUCUUUCAUUUCAAAUCAAAGCCAUUAGCACGUCUCUCAAGUGGAUCUGACUAAUAGUGUUUAAUGAAAAGCGUUAUAAGAACCAUUGUAUACAGACGAUUUUGUGUGCCGUUUAAAGCCGCAAAAUGGGAUUGUAAAAAUACUGAUUAGAUAAAAAAAUGGUGCAUUCCGUGUAGGCCUAUCCAAGUCAGAAUGUUUUGCAAAAAAACCGCACAAAAAACGUCCGUUAAAAGGGGUUGAAAUAGUAUAUUUCGUACCUAGGGCUGAAAAUGAGGUUUCGCCGGCUUGAGAUAGUUUUUAGGUUCGAGACGAAGUCAACCUAAAACGAUCGAGAGCUGCAAAACCAUUUCGGUCCAUGGUACGAACGCCAUUUUCCACCACACUAUACCUUAAUAGCACUAUUCACCACAAUAAUGAUGCACACUGAUAGUCAACACAACUAGAACUUUAAGGUUAUGUGAAGAAAUAAUUUGAGGAAUCAGCAAAAAUUAAAAUAAAUAGUUGCUAGGCAGCGGUGAAAAUAAAACAAUUCUAUUGCAAUGCUAUGGAUACUGAUUGUGUAUUUAUUUGAUAUGCAUUCAUGUUUAAAAAAGUAAGCGAUCAGCUGAUUUUGCGGCCCUAGGGAUGUAAGAACCUGCUCGGUCCCCAAAUGACGAUGACAGCUGGCAUGGCCAGCAAAACGUAACUUUCAGCCACCAAUUAACGCAUGUAAAACAGCUAAAAACAUCAUAGUGUGGUGAAAAGUUAUUAAAUUUGUUGAUGCAGCAUGCAAUAUUACCGAUUAUUUUUCCACAAAACCAGCUGACAGGGCAUGUAUUGGCCAUUGGGGUGAUAUUAGUGAGGUCGUGGAGUGCGUUGAAAAGUGGGAGCGGGAGGGGGGGUGGCAACCAAGAGGCGGCAGAUACUUAAAUACGUCCCUGAUUUCAGCUUAACCUAACCAAUCAAUAGUUUUAUUAAUACUUAUGAAGUCAAACGGGGUGAAACAGCUAGUUUUAAUAAGCUUACUUCUAAAAUUGAUGUACAAUAAACUUUUACAGAUCUAUGUUAAUGUUUGACAUCUUAUGGUUGUUUGACAAAAAGGUUAUAUGCAUCAGAUAAUACUCGGAAAGUUCAAUAGUCUUAAUUGUUGAUAAUUGCAUAAAAUAAACAACUUAACACAACAAAAUAAAUUCACAUAAUGAUGUGAUAAUAUAUUUUUAAUGAAAACUAUUUUCUCCCCAGAACAAAGGAAUGGACUGCACCGCAGCUGAUUAUCUUAGCCUUCACUUGUGUCGCCCAGUUAACAUGUUAUUUUAUGCCCUGUAAUGAUGCACACUGAUAGUCAACACAACUAGAACUUUAAGGUUAUGUGAAGAAAUAAUUUGAGGAAUCAGCAAAAAUUAAAAUAAAUAGUUGCUAGGCAGCGGUGAAAAUAAAACAAUUCUAUUGCAAUGCUAUAGAUACUGAUUGUGUAUUUAAUAUGAUGCAUUCAUGUUUAAACAAGUAAGCGAUCAGCUGAUUUUGCGGCCCUAGGGAUGUAAGAACCUGCUCGGUCCCCAAAUGACGAUGACAGCUGGCAUGGCCAGCAAAACGUAACUUUCAGCCACCAAUUAACGCAUGUAAAACAGCUAAAAACAUCAUAGUGUGGUGAAAAGUUAUUAAAUUUGUUGAUGCAGCAUGCAAUAUUACCGAUUAUUUUUCCACAAAACCAGCUGACAGGGCAUGUAUUGGCCAUUGGGGUGAUAUUAGUGAGGUCUUGGAGUGCGUUGAAAAGUGGGAGCGGGAGGGGCGGCGGCAAACUUUGUUGCCUAGAGGCGGCAGAUACUGAAAUACGUCCCUGAUUUCAGCUUAACCUAACCAAUCAAUAGUUUUAUUAAUACUUAUGAAGUCAAACGGGGUGAAACAGCUAGUUUUAAUAAGAUUACUUCUAAAAUUGAUGUACAAUAAACUUUUACAGAUCUAUGUUAAUGUUUGACAUCUUAUGGUUGUUUGACAAAAAGGUUAUAUGCAUCAGAUAAUACUCGGAAAGUUCAAUAGUCUUAAUUGUUGAUAAUUGCAUAAAAUAAACAACUUAACACAACUAAAUAAAUUCACAUAAUGAUGUGAUAAUAUAUUUUUAAUGAAAACUAUUUUCUCCCCAGAACAAAGGAAUGGACUGCACCGCAGCUGAUUAUCUUAGCCUUCAUGGCUUACAAAGGUUGGCUUAUUGGACACCCUGCAUAUAGCAAUAUUUUUGUAGUAAAAAGUAUUAUAUUUGUACUAAAACCAAGCACCAAGAGUGUUCUUAACUUGUAUCAACUAGGCUCAUUACAAAACUCAGAUUAAAAAAAGAAAAAAACCACAAUAUUUAAGUAGGCCAUUAAGCAGGUAUUUUGCAUACAAAUGUUUUAGACUGAUAUGCUAAUUCUUGCAUUACAUAAAAAUGUGAGAAAUUUAUUACUGAACUAUUUUUGAUACUAAUCAUACUAUUUUUAUAUGCCUAGUAGUUUAAUUAAUAUUGCACAACAAUUAUAUUUAAGAAUGGCUUAUGGAAUGUAAGGUUUUGCUAAGAUACAUUUUAAUCCUCAGUUGUACAAUUUAUUUGGUUUUUUAAUAUGUUGAAUACUGUAUUCCAAAACUAGAAUUUCAGUUGAGACAUAAAAUCAAAUGAUUUUUAAUUAACUUAGUAAAGUAAAAAAAAAACUGCUAGCAAACAUAUUUGGUGUUAUAUUGGUAUUUUUUGUGUUGCAGUGAUUUGUUGAUUUUAAAAUUAACUAAUGAAAUUUCAGAUAGACACAGUGAACUCACUAUGGAUUAUUUACUGUUAUACUUUUAAAAAUAAUAUCUCUGUAUGAAGUAUGACAUUUUUAAAUGUCACUUUUACUUCAUUAUAACAUUUAGGUUUUAUGUUAAUUACAUUAAACAUUUUACUGUUGAUAA